UGCCAAGUCACACAGAUGAAGAAGGAAGGAGUUUCUGAACCCAUUGCAAAUGCUUCAGCUCUCUCUCUGUUUAUGAGCAUCUGUAUGGCACUGAGCACUGAGCCCUCGUAUCCAACUGAUGCUGAUGUUCAGCUCAGGGAAGAGUGGUUUAUAGCAAAAAUAAACCCUGCAAAAGAACUAACAAAACCUUUAGCACUAAACCGUGGUGCCAGUGCACUGCAUGGUGCCUGUAUAAAGGAAAAUGAAGUCCCAGCUUUACAGGCCAUGCUCCUGGCUGGCAUCUGAUGGCUGUUCAAAGGGCUCUUUCUAACAAAGCCAUUGCAAAGCUUUAUAGCUGUGAUGAGAGAAACUCUCCCCACUCAUCUCCCUCGUCUUGCUCCUCUGCAUUCAGGGCCUUGUACCUCCAGUAUUGUGGUGGCACCUAGAGCUCCUCUCCUUAUGUACAGGCAAAGAGGAAUGGAGCUUUUCCUUACUUCUGUAAGCGUAAUGUAAAGACUUAGCUCUGAAAUCAUAGAAACAUGGAAUAGUUAGGAGAUGGGUUUGUAAAGGGCAGAGCUGUUACCUUCAGGGAGCAACUGCAUGAAAUGGGUGCGUUAGGAUGGAGACUCUAUAGAACUCCCGUGUUAGCUCAAACCAUGCGUGGAUGGGAGCUGUUGGUGCUCGGCAGUCGGCUCCCAGAGGCAGGGAGAAAGGGCAGCUCCUCUCUGAGAAGAAACUUGUCCUAUCUCGGCGUGUCCUAGCGCAGAAUGUUUACAAAACCCUCAUUAAGGGAAAGGGGAUUGCGAGAUAGCAACAAAUCUGGUGGACAGCUUACAGGGCCCGAGAUAAGAGAGGCAGGGCGACCACAGAGAGAGCAAGCCAUAUCCAAUUACCGAGACCUGCUUUUGGGGAGGGGGAAGGGGGAGACAGGCAGGACGGAUCACAAGCUUCAAGACAAGAGCUUCCAAACUUGUCAUCCCUCCGUGACACGAGCACAGGGGAUAAAACCGCCACUUAGCCCACACGAGAGCUAGAGCUUGUUGAGUGCGGUUGGAGGCUCCAGCGAAGCCAUGGAUUCUCUAGUCCCCCAGCUAUGGGCUGCCCUUUGUCUCUUGGUUCACCUCGCUGCUUGCAGUCCCAUCCUGAGCUUGGAGCACUCUUCCUUGGAGGAAGACGUGCCGCUUUUCGACGAGAUCCUCUCCGAGCAGGAUGGCGUUGAUUUCAACACGCUGCUUCAGAACAUGAAGAACGAGUUCCUCAAGACCUUGAACCUCUCUGACAUUCCCCUGCACGAAUCGGCCAAGGUGGAUCCGCCGGAGUACAUGCUCGAGCUGUACAACAGGUUUGCCACUGAUAGGACAUCUAUGCCGUCCGCCAAUAUCAUUAGGAGCUUCAAAAAUGAAGACUUGGCCUCCCACCCUAUCGGUGUCACAGGAAUUCGGAAGUACCCUCUUCUGUUCAAUGUUUCCAUCCCUCACCAUGAAGAGAUCACCAUGGCAGAGCUGCGGCUCUACACCUUGGUGGAACGGGACCAGAUGCUCUACGAUGGGCUCGACCGGAAAGUCACCAUUUUUGAAGUGCUGGAAAAUGACCACCUGGGGGUAGGAGAAGAGAGGAAGAUAAUGGCACUGGCAUCCAGGCACAUCUAUGGCACGAGCAGCGAGUGGGAGAGCUUCGACGUGACCGAAGCCAUCAGGCGCUGGCGAAGGGCAGGGUUGACCACGCACCGGCUGGAGGUUCAUAUAGAGAGCAGGGAAGGGGAGGAGCAGAACGGAGAAGGGAAGCUCGACAUCGACAUCAACUCCGAGGCGAAGCACGUGCCCCUGUUGAUUGUGUUCUCUGAUGACCAAAGCAAUGACAAGAAAGAGGAGAAGCAAGAGCUGAACGAGAUGAUAGACCACGAGCAGCUCCUGGACUUGGAGAACCUGGAGGUUGGCAACUUCCAUGGCCAGCCCGGGGAGGAAGCGCUGCUCCAGAUGCGCUCCAACAUCAUUUACGACUCCACUGCCCGAAUCCGGAGGAACGCAAAAGGCAACUACUGCAAAAAGACUCCACUCUACAUCGAUUUCAAGGAAAUAGGCUGGGAUUCCUGGAUCAUUGCCCCAGCGGGAUACGAAGCUUACGAGUGCCAUGGAGUGUGCGCCUACCCCUUAACAGAGCACGUCACGCCAACGAAACACGCCAUUGUCCAGACUUUGGUUCACCUGAAGAAUCCCCAGAAAGCCUCCAAGGCCUGCUGUGUGCCCACCAAACUCGAUCCCAUCUCUAUCCUCUAUUUAGAUGCAGGGGUGGUCACCUACAAGUUCAAAUACGAAGGCAUGGUGGUAUCAGAGUGUGGCUGCAGAUAGUAGAGGGGAGCACAAUCAGAGGGGAGUGCACAGUGGGGAGUAUUUAAUGAUUCAGUCUGUAAAUUUGUACAUUUUGGAUUUCCUAUUUAAUAAGGUUAUUUAAUGAGGCAUGUACAGAUAAUUGUGUGUUUCCUGGUAGGGGAAUGGGCAAGUUGUGACCGUAGGGAAUGUAUAUUUUGUUCCAUUGCUUCUUGCUGUUCUUCACUGUCCACGUUAUGGCUGCAUCUCACUUCCUGGCAGGGCAUAGAGCAGAUCACGGGGUUGUCUGGGAGGUUCCUUGUGCCAAAGGGGCACGUGCAAGUUCACAGAAAUAAAAACAUAUUUUUGUACUUAAUAAAUGCUGAUUGGUAUCGAGAGGGACUUCCAGAGCUAUUAAAGGUCAUAGAGUAGAAUCAUGGAAUCAGGUGGGUUGGAAAAGACCUCUAAGAUCAUCCAGUCCAUCCAUCCCCCAGCACUGCCAAGGCAACCACUAACCCAUGUCAAUAAGGGCCUCAUCGACAUGGUUUGGGAAUUGAACCCAGGAUAAGAUCUCAAGUCCCAGUAAUUCUCAAGCUCCUAAACCCCAAAGGCACAAAAAGGUGUUAAACUUCUCUCAUUUUUUCUUAAGCAUCUUUAAUCUCUCCCUGUCUCAUUGAGACUGGCAGGGAUGCUCUGGUAUCUGGAGCAGAAGAGAACCAUUCACUUUCCCAUCUUUCCUGGUGGAGGAAUGGGCCCCAUAGGUUUGUGCAGUGCUCUGACAAGCAAUGGCAGAAUUCCCUUGUGAGUGGUUAUUACAGAAGCCCCCUGUGUAAAGUACUGGCUUUGGUGCACUAUCCAUGUCCUGUCUCCAGAGCAGAAAUAACUGCAGCAAACUUUCUGAAUCCUUGAAACUGUACCAGUUUAUACCAGCUAAGAAACCGGUCCCUCUUCCCAACCCAGCAAACCACAUCCAAUACAGCUCCGUAACCCAAUUCACAUGGCCAAGUAGGAUUGCAUUUAGUCUUCAUAGAGCUAGAUAGAAGAGGAAACCCCUUUGUGCCAUCUAGAUAGAGAGGAUCUUUCCUUUAUGUAUGUGCUGACGUUGUUGAUUCAUAAAGAUAUUGCCCCCCCUUAAACUCCAUAGGAUGGAGUCACAUGCCAUGUUUCCACCGCUCUUCUGCAACCCGUGGUGGUGAUAAGGAGGUGUCGGAGCUCAGAAACAAUAGACCCGUCACUUUAUUUAUACUAAGCUGCAAAUUUGUCAGAUUCUUGGGGAAGUGCAAGUGACGCUGACUCCUCUGGCCUGUCCCAGAGCCCACUCCCUGCCCUGCAUCUGGUGCUCACUUGUAAGGGAAAGCUAUCUUCCCCUGAAGUGAUAAGGCUCUUUGAAAGCAUCACUCGAGCGCUUCAUGGGAAUGAACACAAAUGACUUUAUCGUGCACCAACUAAAAGGCAGUUUCACCUAUUUUCACACAUACUCUUCUGUGCUUCCCAUAAUUUAUUGACCUAUUUAUUGACUGCCUGCCUUUGUAACAUAAUGUAGAAUACAGAAUGUUUUAUUUUUGUGCUUGUGUGUAAUCCUACUUGGAUAAAGCCUUGUACCAAUCCUGUUUUACAUGGAAUCUUUCUGUUGAGAUGUGCUGCACAGACAUGGGUGUUGCUAAUCUUUUUUCUCCUCUAGAUAUUCAUAAUCACCAUGUAGCAGUUCUCUUCCUUGCUUAUGGAGUGGUUCACUCACUGCAGUGAUUUAUAAUGGCAUUCCGGAGCACUUGUCCAACAUAGAAGAGCUCUAGCAGGGGUAUCACUGCUCUAAGUGGUCAGUGAUGUAGUUUAUUGUAGACUUCCACAGUCUCCACUCGUGCUGCCUGUUUCCCGAUAGCAGGAUUGCUGUGGGGCUGUAUUGCUUUAUGGCUGUGACAGCCUGUGAGUGACUGACACUGUCACAGAGCCUUCCCCACUGCAAUCAGCCUGUGCUUAAUGGCACGUUAAAGGAAUUCGUUAGAGGUGUGAUGUUUCGCUCUGCUGACAUGAACUGCAGCAGCCAACGGUUGAAGUGCGACCACACAGCUCCUUUCAAAACUAUCCAUGAUUCUUAUGAAGCCAUUUGCCAAGACAAACCAUUCACCUUGUUAGGAGUGAUAAUCCAGCAUUAGGGAGAUAAUCCGACAUUGCCUUUUAUCAUCUCUUUUCUGCGACCGGCCCCGUGGCAGUGAUGUGAGCAGAGUGCUCUUUGCACCACUGUCCUUUACUGAACAGUGCCAAUCUGCCUGAAGAGGCCCUAAGAAUCAUCAAUAACCCACUGUAAUCACCUAUAAUCACUGUUCCCAUUCAAGUGACCAAAGCAGAGUGGCUGCUUUCACACUCUCUUAAAGCCAGAUUUGUGUAAUGGAGUAGAUACAGUGCAUUAGGGCACCCAAAGGUUGGUAGGCAUGUAGUGUUAGCAGUUAGCAAACCUGCAGGUGUGAAUUGAUACAAGAUCAGUAAAAACAGCAGGGCUGGUUUUCUAGAAUUAGGGCUCAGACAGCGUUUUUAUAUUAAUAUUAGUGACUUUUUCUAAAGAAACAAGGACUGUGCUGAUGACUGAAGGGGACUUCAGACAGAGCUUGGGGUGAAAACUGUAAAGCAUGAGACAUCCCCAGUUGUGCUGUUCUGGGUGAGAACUGAGCAUCUCUUGAAUCAACUGCACUUAUGCUGUUCAUAACCUGAAAGUAGAACUGCUGUGAAUGGUAUUUUGUGUGUCUGUUAGCGUUGCAUGCUUGCUUUAUGAGCAAACCCUUACCUUACCUUACCUUUGAAUAUCAUUACACAGACAUUUGCUGGCUGUUCCUGCAGUUAGAUGGCAGAGACGAGGCAAAAUAGCACCAAAACCAAAUGGGAGGAGUUAUUUUGUAGAGCUUUGCCUAAGCAACAAACGAAGGUUGGUUCUACAAGCUCAGGAGUGUCUGUCCAUGUAGAUACAACACUCACAAAGAACAUGGUGAGUGCGUGACAAGAGCCAGUGUUGCCAAGAUGUAGUGCUGGGAAUGUCAGAAGUCCUGGAAUAAAUAUCCCACUGCGUGUUUUCAUUUCCUUCCCUUCCUUCCUUCUAUCCAUCUACAUUGGUACUGUGACUAUUUCUAAAGCAAAUGAUUUUUCACAUUAAAUAGUAGCAUGCAUUGAUCUUCCUUUCAUUUCUAAUCUAUUUUCUAUCAACAUGCCAGCAGUUGCUUGACUUCAAUCUUGAAAGCACAAAAC